AUGAGCGAUCCGGAACGAUUCUGCGAGAUUGCCAUGCUCAUUCAGAACGACACCGAGCGGAAGGGACGGGUUUUCAGUAAGUUCGAAUCGGAAAAUGAUGAGGAGAUGGACUGAAAUUUCAGAGUCGAGCGCCGUCGUCGUGAACCGCAACAGUUCGUUCUCCGAGCAAUUCGUCAAUUUCUUGGCCGCAAGCUCUCGCGACACAAUCUACAAUGAAGGAAACCGUGAGUUAUUCUUAUUCAGAUGACCUCCCACUCUCUGAUUUUCAUUUUCAGUCACCGACUACAACUGUUUCUCAGUGGCUCUUCGUUCACGAUCUUCUCUUCUACUCACCGAUCAUGUACGCCUCCAAACACUCCUUCGACUGAUAAGCUCUUUCCUUUUCCAGAGAAUCACACCACUGAUGCUGCAUCAGCUGAUCGAGAAGAUCACCGAAAUCAAGGACGGAAUCAAGGACGGAAUCAAGGAGGCAGCUCCCCCGAGUGUGUUCACAAUUGCCGACAGAGACGCGAUCAUGUGGACGGAGAGAAUCCUGCAGUGGCGGUACAUUGAGAGUGUGCUCAAGUUGACCGCCCUUUCACAAGUGACCUGGGCCACAGAGGUUCAUGUUAAGAGACGAUUGGUUAGUCGCCGAGUAGUGGAAUCUCUUCGAAACUUAUAAUAAUUACAGGAAUUGAUCUACCACGGCUGGAAGAUGUUCCUCUGCAACGGCGGUUUCAUCCGUGUUCUCCUGGCUUUCGAUCGUCCGGAUAUGAAAAAGAUUUCCGAAAAGUUCAGGACUUACUGUACUGAUUAUCUCAAAGAUAUUGGUCAGUUUUCAUCUUUGGACUGCACUGUUUAACCUUACUCAUUUCAGAUGCCAAUUGGGCAAAGACUUUGGAGGUUUAUGAAAUGAGCAACGAGCAGCUCGAGGAGAGCAUCUUGAAGUCGGUUGGACUCACCAAGAAACAAGUUUCCAUUUUGGAUGCCGAUGUUUCACAAACUUCCGAUGCUACGUACGUUUUUAGACCCUUCCAGAAUCCGAACAACUUCUUACAUUUCCAGACACACUCACAAGUGCACUUCCUGCUUCCUCGUCGAUCAACCGAUCUAUUUCUCAUCGGCCGAGCUGCUGGAGAUGCACGAAAAGUUACACUCGGGAGAGGAGAACUGUCCGAGUUGCUUUGAAGACAUUUCGGAAUUCGAGAAGCCAAUUCACAGAUGUGCGCGUCACUUUUCACUCAAACUCGACGACUCCCUUGAUGACUAA